AUGGCGGACGACUCGGAGAUUGCGGGCGUAGGAAAGCCAGCCAAAUAUUUCGAAGACAAGCCCGAUGAAAAGGGUCCAAAAUUGGGCAAAGAUCGGUACGCCGAAGGGUGGACGACAAAAGAUGAAGAGGCGGAGAAGGCAUUCAUUGCCGCCGGCGCCUUCAAGUGGAGCUCGCUUCGUCGGCGGAGGACCUGGUUCCGAGCGGAAUGGUGGUACUGGUACAUAUUGGCCGCGGUAAUCAUCGACUUUCUCCAACCGAUGGCGGUGUGGAUGAGGGAAAAACCAGUCGGAUGGAUGAUACCCAUAGCGGCGCUCAUCGUCCUAUCCUUCCCGCCGCUGAUGGGCCAAGAGGUCAUCAUUUUGAUUGUCGGCAUUGUCUGGGGAUUGUGGAUCGGAUUUGGCAUUGUCACAGCUGGGACUUACCUGGGCGAGCUGGCUAAUUACUAUCUCUUCAAGUUCUGGCUUCGCGGACGGGCAGAAGAGCUCGAGCGGACAAACGUCAACUACCAAGCACUGGCGAAAAUCACCCGUGAUGGUGGUUUCCCGUUGGCGUUCGUGAUUCGUCUCAGUGCCUGUCCCGGGCAUUUUGCUACAGCGGUCUUUGCCACAGUUGGCAUGGACGUAUUCACAUUCUCAGCCGCCACGUUGUUGUCCAUGCCCAAGCAGCUUGUGGUUGUCUAUCUCGGAGUUCUCAUGGCUGAUGAUGGCGAAACGAGCAAGGAGGAGGAAAUUGCCAACUAUGCUAGCUUGUCGGUGAUAGUCGUGGUAUCCAUUGCCUGCGUGUGGUACAUCUAUAGGGCGAUGCGCAUUGCCAAGCUUAUGAUCUGGCGAGAGAAGCGGUAG